CUAUGACUGGCUUCAGAUUCCCCAUCGCUACUUUUAGAAAACUAAAUGUCUGGUUUGGACUGUGGGAGAAAUUCUCCUCAAGUAAUCUGUAUCCCUCUUGGAGGAGAAGCAUAUUCUGUAGCUGUCAAGCAAGCACAGUAACCUACAGAAGAUGUUUCAACUUUUCCCCAGUCAGACUCAGUGCACUAAGACUUUCUCCAGAUUAUCUCUCAGUACUUUCUCUGCGGAACAAAAGUAGCAAAAGCUCUAAAAGGAGCAGAGAGACUGUGCAAGAAGAGGAAGAAGAGGAUGAAGAUGAAAGCAGUUUGGAAGAUGAGUUAGAAAGUGACCCCAGCAUAGUAAAAGAUUACAAGGAUCUUGAGAAAGUAGUGCCCUCUCUUCGAUACGACGUGAUCAUGAAAGCUGGUCUAGACAUGGCAAGAAAUAAAGUAGAAGAUGCAUUCUACAAUAAUGAACUCAGGCUGAAUGGAGAAAAACUAUGGAAGAAAAGUAGAGCUGUGAAAGUUGGUGACACACUGGAUCUCAUAUUAGGUGAAGAUAAGGAAACAGGAACUGCUGUAGUUAUGCGAAUAAUCUUGAAAAAAAUAUCUGACAAAACUGAAAGUGAAAAGUACAAAGUAAUUUUGAGGCGUUGGAAAAACUUAAAAGUGCCCAAACAGGAUGUACUUAAGUAACAGGGGGUUGCAUGUGGCAGCGUAAGAUUUUUGCAGAAAACUGUAUUUUUUUGUUAAAUAUGAAUUUUGGUUAAACAAAAUUACAGUACCCUUUUUUUAAGGGCUUGUGCCAGAAUGUUCUGUCCCUCUGCUGUGCACAUCAAUUAUCAUGCAAUAAACCUGUCACUUUGUGCUGUUAGUUUUGUUUUGUGGUACUGUAGGUUAAAAGAUUUGAUGGUUCUAUUUCCAGACAGUUUCUUAUAAAUAAUGAACCAAUAAAGACUAAUUUGAUCACUA